CACUUUCAAACGAAUCUUUCAAAUGCCGGCUGCUCCUUGUGCAGGUGCAUGCUCACCGUGAUAUUGUAAUAUUGGCAAAUGUCAGGGUGGACAUAGUCGAAAUUGUAACCAUCGCUCAAGUUGUCAAUUUACUCUAUCCUUACGAGCUGCUACCCUCUCCUGUCUUUUUCUUGAAUCUCGGAAACCACACCAUCCUCAACAUGAUCUUUUGUACCUAUUGCGGUAAAAGGUUCACGAGAAAGGAGCAUUUGGAAAGGCAUAUACCAAGUCAUACAAAUGUAAAACCUCACAGAUGCAAAUCGUGCCAACUUUCGUUCGCGAGAAGAGAUCUUCUGCAGCGCCAUUACUCGACAUACCAUGAAAUAGGAGAUCCAUCUCUCCUACUUCCAGCGUCUAUUCAAACCGUUGCUGGACGAACAUCCAUCGCUUGCCUCAACUGUGCGAGUGCAAAGACUAGCUGUGACAAGCGUGUACCAUGCGCAAGGUGUGCGGAUAAAUCGCUGCCAUGUGAAGCAAGGUUUACGCGACGACCAUCAACUCUGAUGGUGAAAGCAAUAGCCACGUCUGAAGCCUCCAAACAAGCUCCAGAAUCAACGGAACCCAAACCACCACAGCAUUCCGCUAUCUCUACUCCACUAGAAAAUAAUGAUAUGGUUAUUGACCCUCGUUUACAUUCGGCUCCUGCGAUGGAAAUUGCAUCACCUACGCCCCAAAUAUACAGCACUAGUACCUCCGGCGAGCCAGGGUCAACGAGAAUUGGUGGCUUCGAUGGCUUUGUGCAAUACAACGACGGAAUUGCGAGUCCUGUCUUGAAUUAUCAAGAUCCGCUCACAUGGGACGAUUUAUCCAUGGAUAUGAACUUUUAUGGUAAUCUCACAUCUGUGCCACCCGAAAACAUGCAUCCGGUGUAUUCAGCUCAAGGCGACAUCUCGUCGGGUUCUGACAUAAGCUCUAGCUCAAUACAAUAUCAACCAUCGAUAUCACAUACAAGCAGCUGCAGUAUAAGUUCAGUUGGCGAUGUCGACAUGGGAAAUGUGCCACCAUCCAAGCGGGCCAAGCUGUCUCAUCGUGCUGUUGCACCUGGAGUUCAAGAACCCCUGGCUACAGAGCAAGCUUGGCCAUUAGCACGGUGUAAUCCGCCCACAUUCUCGGACUCCUGCUCACGUACGACUAUUGUUCAUCUUGAGAGACUGGGACAAAUCUCUAAACAUGAACGUGCUUGGGAUUCCCUAGACUUGGAGCCUGACCUAGCUAUGUCUGCAUCAGAUUUCAUUAAUGUCGAGCCUAUUAACUCCGGCACCCGCGAUACUCUUAAUGCCAAUACGCUAGGUUUUCUGUAUCGCGCCUUGAAAACACGUCAGGGUGGUUUCACGAACAAAUGCCAGAAUGACCACUAUCUCAGUCCAGCAAAUUUCAGCUCUCGUCUUCUCCCACCAACGAAUAUGUUGGAGUAUUUUCUCCUGAAAUAUACUCUUAAUUUAUCGAAAUAUUAUUCGCUCGAUGCUAGGGGAAGAAUCGACCCUAACGAGCUCAUCCACGGUAACCAUACUUCUACUCUCCUCAUCCUCCUCAUGAUCGGCCAAGGCGCUUCGAUGUCAAGGUCAACAGAAGCUCGCUGUCUGUCAGCUGCUUUGACAGAAAUCUGUAGGAUAUUGCUCUUUGAUAUCAUUGAACAAGAUAUCGAGCUCAGCGCUGACCUGACUGUUCUGCGAUGUGCGCUAUUAUUUACGAUGCUCGGUUCGUGGAGUGGGGAUAAAUGGCAUAUGGAUAUUGCGAUGGGACAGCGCGGAAUGUAUCUCACUAUGCUGAAACGCGCUGGGAUGUUGGAUCCGCCAGAUAUUUCGGUGCCGAGGUUAGGUGGGAGUUCAAACGUGGAUGCACAAUGGCGCGCUUGGGUAGAGGCCGAAACUCGGAGUCGACUAGUAUACGACUGGGUCCUGCUCGAUCAAGAAAUAUCGCUUUUCCACGACAUGUCAACCAUCCUCUCCAUCUCCGAGCUGCACGCACUCCUCCCUCACCCCAGCCCCUAUUUAUUCUCCGCUUCCUCCGUCCAUGCCUGGUCGACGCUCCUCUCCUCAUCCUCAACAUCACAUAUCCGGACGUCCCUCCAUGAACUCUUCCAAGACUUCCUCCACGACCAUCUCCAGUAUUCCGCGUCCCUUACGCCACUAACACUACGCCUCCUCCUCCACCCAAUCCAAAGCCUUCUCUAUGAAGUCCGGCAACUUCUAACUUGCUUCUCAGAGGUCCUCUCCACGCGGCGCUCCUCAACACGGACCCCCACCAAAGCUUCAACCCUCAUACGUCUCGAAGAAGUCCAAUCCCUACUGCAAAAAUGGUACAACCUGCACCUUUCCCUUCCCCCCUCCGUUUCUGGGUCGGCCCACGACUCGACCAAAACUACAAAUCUGAUCCUAUAUCACCUGAUCAGCCUUAACGCACACACCUCCUUCACAUCCCUGGAGCGCCUUGCGCGCCGUGCUCCCGCCACGCUUGCCACAGCGAACCCACACUGGGAUCUCAGCCUGGAGCACAAAAAGUGCAUCUUUGACAGCUUCUCCGCGCUUUUCCAUGCAGGGCAGAUUCUGCGCCUGGUGACCCUCUUCGACUCCCUAGAUCGCACGCCGCCGUGGGCCUCCCUCGCCGUCUACCGCGCCAGCCUGAUCCUCUGGUUUGACGUCCUCGCUACGUCUGAUCCGAGCUUCCAGCUGCGGACUGCGGAGGGUCCAAUUGUGGUGAUUAAUGAGAGCAUGGCCGAUGAUGCGGCGUUAAUGUGCUGGCUAUUGAAGAGGGAGGGGUUGCCGGUGCUAAGGGGCCGAGAUGGCAGCAUGUGCAAGUUGCAAAAUCCAGAGGUGGUUUUGGAGGCUUGCAUUAGGUUUGUGGGUGGGAUGGAUGAGGGAGGGAAUCAGAGGGGAGGAAGGCUCGCAGAUGGGAUUGUGAGGAAAUUACAGACGUUAAAGGGGAAUUGGCAUGGUGCUGGAGGCCUGCAUGGCCCAUAAUAUACGUGUUUUUCGAUCAAUCUUGCUUUUGUUUCUUGCGGGACGAAGAAUUCAUUUGUGGGGUUGAACGGAAGCCCCUGCAUGACGUACAUCUAUAUUUGGAGGGCGGAUCUUCAGAAAGCUGAUGACACAGAAACAU